AUGGGCUGUGAUGAGGCAGACAGCCCACCACCGCCACCACCAUCGCCAAGCCCACCACCAGGCACACCUGGACCCAAUGUACCCCCACCGCCACAAGGCCUGCCAGCCAGAAAACCACGGCAGGACCGUGUGCGUGCCCAGAUUGACGCCUUCCUCGGCCAUCUCAAAUCGACAGAGGAGAGCCGUGAAAAGUGGCGCAAGGAAUGUCAGUCAAUGGAAGAAGAGGAAUUGAUGACAGAAGAGCGGCAGCAUCAGGAGCUGCUCUGUGUCGUUAGGCAGCUUACCACAGCUGUCACCAGGUUGCUGCCACAAGGAGCGAGUAUGGACGGAGAAGAAAUGUAA